CAAUAUUAGAGCUUGAGACCUUUUACGAUUCGUGAGUUGAAUCAUCUUCAAUUUGUUAUUUACCACAUUCUUUAAUUACGGAAUUUUCCCUAGGUCGUAAAUUCAUAAUUGAAUUGCCAAGAAUUUAACAGUUUAUUAGCAGUUUGUCAUCAUUAGAAUUAAUUCAUUAUCACUACAGUAAGUUGCUCGCAAUGUUCCACCUGAACUAUUAAUAACAACAUCUCUAAUAGAACAGGGUUUUUUAACGCUGCAAUCCGGUGAUUAGGAGAGGUAUCUCAGUAUAGAGUCCGCACUGAAAUCUUUGAAACUGUUUCAAUAAACCGCUGUCAAACUUCAAGUGCUGGUGCUUUUAAUUUUCCUCAACAAAAUCUUCAAAGAUUUCAAGGAUGUCCCAGAUAAAUGCUCCUACACCAAGCAUUGGUCGACCUUCAACCACGAAUGCAGGUUCGCAUAACUGUCAGGAAUGUGACCGUAACGAUUCAUUCGACAACAUGGUCCAAUGUAACUUCUGUCCCUCUUGGUGGCACUUCAAAUGUGCCGGAGUGGAUGCAACCGUAGAAAACAGGACGUGGAAAUGUAAAAACUGCGUUGCCAAAGGAAGUAGUCAAAGACCUUUGUCUCAAACGGGUUCCGCUCUCCAGCGGCUUCGUGAACGCCAAGAACUUGAAAGACAACGGGCCGACCUUGAGCUUCGACAGAAACAUCUCAUCGAACAAGAAACGUUCAUCAAUUCCGAGGAAUCUCGUAGUAAUCGCAGCGGGAUUAGCCCUGUCGGAAUUGAUCAACGUACGCAACAGUGGGUCGACAGCAUUGACGAACAAGCAUUUAUUCCGGAGCCGACAAUGUUAUUUAUGCCACCAGGGAAUCAAAUGUCAUCCGGUAUUCCUCAGCUUAGACGACAGUUGGCCCACUGUGAAGCGGAUAACUCUACGACCGAGCAGUUGGAAAAUUUACAGAGACAACUUCAACUGUGUCAUGAGUUUCUUGCUACAUUAUCAGCUGGUGAACUGCCUAAAUCGACUGGAAGCAACAAAUCUAUGGCUGCACAGGAAAAAUCCAAUGAAGGUUUGGGAAAUAGAACUGGAGCCAUCCCGAAAUCAGUCGCUACAGGAGCAUCAAUCAUUGGUCACCCGAUGACAAAUUCAAAGCCAGCAGGGGAGUACGUCCAACAGCAGGAAAGUGUAAUGCCCACAGGUGAGUGCCAUGCCUCUGAUCAUACGACUAGAUAUGCCUCGUUUAGAUGCUCCACAAUCAAUAGAACAACCAAUUAUGGGCAGCAGCGCCUUGAAUCCGCGCGUCCAUCUGUGCAUAGUUGCAAUCCUAAUAAUCAAUAUGCUCAGGUAAAUCAAAUCACAAAUCAAGUGAAGAGAAACCCACCGCGGGUAUCACAAUUAGAUGAACAGGCUAUCCAUCUGCCUCCUCAUCCUACUAUCGAUAUUAUGAACCUCAUACCUAACCAAUCAUCACAAAUUCCUCUACCCAACACCCAUUCAGAAACUACUUUACCUAACUGUACCUCGUCUCGACGCACACGGUUUGAACCAUUGCCUAACCGCGCGUCUCAGAAUAUUCUUACUGAUCAGUCAAUCUUACCACAAGCCUCCCACAUCGAAUUUCAAUCAAUGCCCACAAGAAGUGUCGUGAACGCCCCCCAGAGUGAAUUUUUCAAUGCAGUGUGUCCUACACCCCAGCAGAUGGCAGCUAGACAGUCCUUUCCGCGCGAAUUACCAAGCUUUUCGGGUGAUCCUACCGAUUGGCCGAUGUUCAUAGCAAAUUAUGAAUACACGACAGCAACUUGCGGCUACUCAAAUGGAGAAAACAUGUUGCGACUUCAACACUGUCUUAAGGGACACGCCCUCCAGACCGUGCGGAGUCGUUUGGUGCACCCUGCGGCGGUUCCUCAAGUUAUAGAAGCGUUACGUUUACGAUACGGAAGAGCGGAUUUCUUAAUUAACACCCUUUUGCAGAAAGUUCGAGCUAUUCCGGUGAUAAGGUCUGACAAGUUAGAGGCUCUUGUCGAUUAUGGCGAUGCGGUCCAAGCGUUAUGUGACCACAUAGAAGCCGCAAACGAACCUGCUCAUCUUGUUAAUCCUCAACUUUUGCAAGAGCUUGUAGAAAAACUUCCCACAGAGCAGAGAAUGUUAUGGGCAGCAUAUAAGCGUGAUCUUCAGGGAGUGGAUCUCCGAACAUUUGGGGAUUAUAUGACUGUGGUGGCGAAAGAUGCGCUGGGUGUGAUAAGUUUCAACAACAAUGUAAAUAAAUUGGAUAAACAGAAAUCCAAGCCGAAGGGAUAUAUUAAUGCCCACGCUGAAUCAAAUGAUUCGUCGUCAGAGCAACACAACGAGGAAAUCACAGAGGAUAAACAAGUCUCGAAGCUGGAAUGUAGAUGUUGUGGAAAAUCUGGUCACCGACUCCGUGAAUGUUACAGAUUCAAAGGACUACUCGUGGAAGAACGCUGGAACAUCGUCAAGGCGUUACGUUUAUGCUAUGCGUGUCUCAGUAGCCACGGUAGGCGUGCGUGCCGGAGCGGAAUAAGCUGCGAUGUCGUUGGGUGCAACUAUCGACACCACCCACUUCUGCAUAAUCCCAAGGAAUCCAAGAUACAGAUGACUCACUUUGCCGAUCACCAUACACACCGAGCCGAGGAUUCGCCUACACUCUUUAGAAUAGUUCCAGUGACCGUGUACGGAGCUUCGACUUCAGUGGAAACAUAUGCAUUCCUCGACGAAGGUUCCGACCUGACGUUGGUUGAAGUCAGUUUAGCACAGCAGCUAGGUUUGCAAGGGAGCGUCGAGCCCCUUUGCCUGCGGUGGACCGGAAACACUACGCGUACAGAAAACGAUUCCUGUAGAAUCGACAUCUCAGUGUCCGGUGUUGGACAGGAAAAGCUCUCCGUUUUGAAGAAUGCUAGAACAGUAAAGUAUCUAAACCUUCCUACUCAAAGUUUUGAUGCUGAGCAUGCUGCGAAACAAUUCAAACAUCUGCGUGGCAUACCGCUUAAGAGCUACAGACGAGCAACCCCCAGGAUACUUAUUGGCGUCGACAAUCUACGUUUUUCAGUACCACUGAAAAUAAAAGAAGGAGAUGGUUUAGGACCCGUAGCAUCGAAAACGAGACUUGGAUGGUGCGUAUAUGGGCAACAUCCGGGAAAUCCUACUUCAUCGUUUAGUUUCCAUAUCUGCGGAUGUACGGCGGAUGAGAAUCUCAAUGAAUUAGUUAAAAGUUUCCUCGCUCUUGAACAAGUUGAAGAAACGGGUUUAAAACCAUUAUCGGAACAAGAACAGCGCGCUUUAAACAUUCUAAAGCAGACGACAAAGCGAGUAGGCGAUCGAUUCCAGACUGGUUUGUUGUGGGUAAGCGAUUCAGUGGUCUUACCAAACAGUUAUAAUAUGAGCUUGAGGCGCUUAAAGUGCCUAGAGAAAAGAAUGUCGCGGGACGACAGUCUGAGGAAGAACUUGCAUCAGCAAAUUAUAGAAUACGUAGAUAAGGGCUACGCGCAUAAAGCAACGCUCGAGGAACUGCAAGAAGCGAACACUGACCGCAUAUGGUACCUUCCGUUAGGAGCAGUAAUCAAUCCAAAAAAACCAGGCAAAGUAAGGAUCAUCUGGGACGCUGCCGCCAAAGUAUCCGGAAUUUCACUAAACAGUAAAUUAAUGAAAGGCCCUGAUCAGCUUUCAUCGCUUCCCGGAAUAUUAUUUCAGUUUCGUUUGUAUCAGAUAGCUGUCAGCUCAGACGUCAAAGAAAUGUUCCAUCAGGUACAAAUCAUACCUGAGGAUAAACAUUCUCAAAGAUUCUUAUGGCGCACAGAUCCCGAGCAAGAGCCAGAUAUUUACCUGAUGGACGUGGCAACCUUUGGGUCAACGUGCUCGCCUGCUUCAGCCCAAUAUGUCAAAAACCUUAACGCUGAGCAACAUGUUGAGCAGUAUCCUGAAGCAGCUAAAUCAAUCGUGCAUCGCUAUUACAUGGAUGAUUACUUUGAAAGUUUCAGCAAUGAGACGAAAGCUUCAAAAAUAUCGAAAGAAAUUCGUCAAAUUCAACUUAAAGGAGGAUUCGUUCUUCAUAACUGGAGAUCUAAUUGCAGUCAAGUAUUAGAAAGCCUUGGAGUCUGGGAGAACCCUUCAACCAAACAGCUAAACCUGGCGAGUGAAGAUAAAGUCGAGAGAGUGCUUGGAAUGCUGUGGAAUCCUACGACAGACAAAUUAGGAUUCUCCACUCAAAUGAGAGAUGAUGUUCAACAACUCAUUAGCUCGGGUAAAAGGCCAACUAAACGACAGAUCUUACGUUGUGUGAUGACACUGUUAGACCCGCUCGGACUAUUGGCUCCAUUUGUCAUCCAUGGGAAGGUGUUAAUCCAGGAUCUCUGGAGAUCAGGAAUUGGAUGGGACGACGAAGUUGGGGACACAGUAUUCACUCGCUGGACUGAAUGGAUUAACAUGAUUGAAUUUGUAUCCAACGUCCAAAUUUCCCGGUGUUACUUUCCGGGAGCAACUGAAUCUACUUACGAAAAUACGGAAUUACAUGUAUUUGUCGAUGCCAGUGAAAUAGCCUACGCUUGCGCAGCGUACAUAAGAGUCGUAGCAAAAGAUGGGAGAGCUGUUCUUCAAUUGAUAUCAGGAAAAGCGAAGGCGAAAUCCUUGAGCACACCACCGCUGCAGAGUGGAGAUGGGUACCUUCAAGAGAAAAUCCAGCAGACGAGGCUACUAAAUGGGGAUGCGGUCCGUACUUUGACAAAAACUCUCGGUGGUAUGGAAGAGAUAGUUGGAGACACGAAAGAGGAAAUGCGUUCCACAGUUCUUGUACAUAUUAGUUACCAGUCUGUGAUAGAAUACAACAAGUUUUCUAAAUGGGAAAGACUCUAUCGAACAACCGCCUAUGUUCUGCGAUUCCUCAAACACUUCGAUGGUUCUCUCGUUCCUUCUGGUCUACUACAACAACCUGAACUACUGGAAGCCGCACAAACUGUUAUCAAACAAGUCCAAAAGGAAUCUUACCCGGAAGAAAUAUCCAUUCUUAGGAGUAACAAGGGAGAGUCACCCCGCCGUGUCAUCAGUUCCAGAAGUCUUAUUCACAAACUUGAUCCAUUCCUGGACGAGUGCAAAAUUCGCAAAGCGAAACCUGCCGAGGUCCGUAUGGCCCCUUUACCUGCAGCCCGACUAGCCGAAGGAGAACGCCCAUUUACUUAUACUGGGCUGGACUAUUUUGGGCCACUAUACGUUACUAUUAAUAAGUCGUCGCGGAGCUCCAGCAGAAAUAUUCAGUGA